AUGAACGCCUAAACAAUAUAAGAUAAUGUUAACAAAUAUAGAUAUGGUGUAUUAAUAGGAAAUGUAACAGAAGAAAGAUUUGGAAUAGACAUGUCUUAAAGAUAUAUAAACGAAAAACUUCCAAAUUCAACAAUGAGGGAUACAUUUGGUAUUUAAAAUAGUGCUUUAGUAGCUGAAAAAUCUAGUAUAACUGAUGAGGAAAAAGAGUUUUAGGAUCAUGUUUUAUCUGUAAGGAAUGGAGUUUAAUAACAUAUAUUAUUUGGGCAUGGAAGCAAUUUUCAAAAAAGGGAAUACGGAACAAAAACUAUUCCUGAAAUAGGUUAAAAAUCAACGGGACCAGCAGGAAAAGCUAGAGCAUAUAAUGAGUUUACUAAAUAAUACGACUCUUCUCAUAUGAAAAUUCCUUUUAGAAAAUAAUGA